ACGGUUUGAAUGCCAGUUUUCAAGUCGCUCUCCGUCGUUGAGUUUCUUGUAUCAAAAUCUUGUAAUCGAGUAAACUUUUAACCGUUUAUUCAACUGAAAAGCACAAAAAAAAAAUGUUGCUGACGUCCAUGUUUCGGUUCAUCACCUUUUAUCUUAUGAUUUGGUCAUCCUUAGCUUUAGAUCAACGAGAAUAUAGUGGAGACCCUGCUAGAUUUCUGCAACUAGAAAAUUCUCAUCGAUUCACUGCCGAAGACUCACCCUGUGAUUGCCAGAAGAAAAGAACGCUCGAAAACCCAACUGUAACGCCACUGGAGACUUUUGAUGACAGCCACACAGAGGACAGUCAAACAAACAUGCACAUGCAACAAGAUAAAGUAUUUGAAAAUCGUGUUAUGUCUUCCACCUGCAUUUGCGGUUUAACUUCUGUAAAGUGUUGUAGAAAGAAGCGAGUGGUUCCAAAGGCAUAUCAUGGUCAGAGUUCACUUUGGUGAUCACUCUGUUAGCACUGUUUUCACUAUGGAAUGAGAAAAGGAAAAAAAUAAUAAUAAUAAUACCAAAAUCAGCCAGUGGAACAACAACUGAAGAAAGAAAACAGAGACAUGACUUUUAUUUGCUUUUGAAAUUUUUUUUUCGAGAUUGUACAGGUACUUUUAAAACAGUCAGUAAAGCGCUCCCCUUAAGGCUGAUUUUACACAACCUUACGCAGGCGCAGUAAGGUCGUUUUAAGUACGAAUAUUUAAAAUUAAUAAAAUAUAUCGUUUGAAAUACACGAUUUCAAGUUUGAGACUUUAAUGUUGGAAAUUGAUGAUUUUACAAGCCUUCAAAGUUGGGUCAUUUUGCUUCCAAAAACAAAACAAAAAAAAACCGGAGAGGGAUCACGUUUUGAGUAUUUGUAAACACAUAUGUGUUUGGAAACGUUCUUAACAUAGUGGGCGUGAAUAGACCAUCUCCAAGUUGCCUUUUGCCUCUGUGCCAAAACGAGUCUUAAAAAUGUGCUCCACCUACAGGUUCAUUUUCAUGUAGAUAAAACUCAUUUGUUCACGAGGCCUCGUUUUGAAACAGAGGCACAACGUAACUCGGAAAUGGCCCAUUGACGAACAAAAGAUAAAAAUAAUCGAGAUCUGGACCAUAUGUGUUUUUACUAAGUAACAUUAGCUACUUGUAAAUACUUGAGCAAUAUAGAGUUAACAGAACGAGGAGCACAACAAAUAAAAUGUACUAUCUUUGAGUAUAUCAGUUUGCUUAAACGAUUUUAAUAAUAAUAAUAAUUUUAAUAAUAACAACAA